GGAGGCUCAGGGAGUCGGCGCCAUGACCGUAUCAAGGCUUCCCGGGUUGCUUAACCGGGUCUCGGCCACUGCGUGGAGAGCGGCAAGAUCACCCCUUCUGUGUCAUUCUCUGAGGAAAACAAGUUCUUCUCAAGGAGGAAAGUCUGAACUUGUCCAACAGUCCCUUAAGAAGCCAAAGUUACCAGAAGGUCGUUUUGAUGCACCAGAGGAUUCCCAUUUAGAGAAAGAGCCACUGGAAAAAUUUCCAGAUGAUGUUAAUCCAGUGACCAAAGAAAAAGGUGGACCCAGGGGCCCAGAACCUACCCGAUAUGGAGAUUGGGAACGAAAAGGACGCUGUAUUGAUUUUUAAGUCUCAUCUUCUUUAACCUCAAUAUUGUUUUCUGAAUAUGUACAUUUGAAUUAACUUAUUUCUGAUUAUUUUCUUUCUUUAUAUCCUUUAUGUCGUGAGUUUCCAUAAUGUGUUUAAAUAUGUAUAUGAUGGCUUUGGAAGAAAAUAUGCUGCUAUAAAUUAGGAAGGGGAGACCAGCUUGACCAAUAUGGAGAAAUCUCGCCUCUACUAAAAAUACAAAAUUAGCCAGGCAUGGUGGCGUGCAUCUGUAAUCCCAGCUACUCUGGAGGCUGAGGCAGGAGAAUGGCUUGAACUCAGGAGGUGGAGGUUGCGGUGAGCUGAGAUCGCACCAUUGUACUCCAGUCUGGGCAACAAGAGCGAAACUCUGUCUCAAAAAAAAAAAAAAAAAAAUUAGGAAAGCAAAAGUAUUUUUUCAUUAACAUAUGUUAGUUUAAUGAAUAUAGAAAUGAUUCUUGACCUUUUUUUUUUUUUAAGACAGAGUCUUUCUCUGUCACACAGGCUGGAGUGGAGUGGCACUAUCCCAGCUCACUGCAACUUCUGCCCCCCAGGUUCAAGCAAUUCUCUUGCCUCAGCCUCCUGAGUAGCUGGGAUUACAGGCACCCACCAUCACACCUGGCUAAUUUUUGUAUUUUUAGUAGAGACAAGGUUUCAUCAUGUUAGCCAGGCUGGUCUUGAACUCCUGACCUCAGGUGAUCCACCUGCCUCAGCCUCCCAAAGUGCUGGGAUUGCAGGUGUGAGCCACCUUGCUCAGCCUAGAAAUGAUUCUUAGAGCUGUAGGCCUUUACUUCAUCAUUUUUCAGUUUAAAUUAAUCAGUUGCUUAUAAAAUGCACACAUAAAUAAAAUAAUUUUUAAAAAA